AAUAGCUGUCAUAUUGCGGGAAAGAGAAAAAAAACAAUAUUAUGGUUUUGUUAUUUGGGUUCUUUAACGUUUAAUACUGUUUUGAUUUAUGUGACAAUGGGGUCGAAAUCUUUGUCGCAAGAGUAUGAUUUUAUUGAAGACGAAGAUUCGCCUGUUAAAACUUACAGACCUCUCAGAUCGCGUUUCAACAACAAUGCAAAAAACACUUGUGACUCUUCAUCCGCAGUGAAGAAAGAUUUUAGUAUUGAACAUGUUGAAGUUGUGACUAAGCUAGAAAAUUCCAACACAACAGAAAACAUAUCUACAAAUUCCUCCCAAAUACAAGGAAAAGUCAUUUAUAUGUGUAGCAAAUACUUGGUUGACAAAGCUGACCAAAUGUUGAAAGUUCCAAAACGUGCAAGUCUUGUUUCGAGUUUAAUAGAAGCAUACAGUCUCUAUAGAUACCUCAGUGUUGUAGAGCCCAGGCCAGCAACAUUUGAUGAACUCUGUGUCUUUCAUUCUGCGGAUUACCUAGAAUUCUUAAAGAAAAUAAGUGGGCAAGAUGAUGAUGAAAAACACGAAGAGGAAGCUCUACAGUAUGGUUUAAGUUAUGAUUGUGCAGUACAUCAUGGUGUGUAUGACUACACAUGUAUAGUGAGUGGUGCGAGUAUACAGGCAGCUCAAUCUCUCAAUAACCAUGCGGCAAAUAUUGCCAUUAACUGGUAUGGUGGAUGGCAUCAUGGUAAAAAGGAUUAUGCCUCAGGAUUCUGCUAUACAAACGAUGCUGUGCUUGCCAUUCUCAAACUGAGAGAACACUUCAGUCGUGUACUUUAUGUUGAUCUUGACCUUCAUCAUGGAGAUGGGGUUGAGGAAGCUUUUUCUUCAACAAACAAGGUGAUGACUGUAUCUGUACACAAAUAUGCUGUAGGAUUUUUUCCAGGCAGUGGUAGUAUUAAAGACAUUGGCUAUGGUAAAGGCAAAUAUUACAGUGUUAACAUUCCAUUGAAAGACGGAAUUCAAGAUACUGAAUUUGCAACUCUAGUGUGUAGAGUGUUAGUAAAAGUGAAAGAGAAGUUUGAUCCUGAAGUAGUAGUUUGUCAAUGUGGAGCAGACGGGUUGGCAGGAGAUCCUAAUGAGUCAUUUAACCUAACACCCCUUUCACUGGGAAAAUGUGUCUAUACUUUAAAAUCAUGGAAACUUCCAAUUUUACUGCUUGGAGGAGGUGGUUAUAAUCAUGAGAACACAGCUCGAUGUUGGACAUAUCUGACAGGUGUAGCUGUAGGUAGAAAACUUAGUAACGAUCUUCCGGAACAUAGAUAUUUGAUGAAUUAUGGACCAGGGUAUGAACUAAAUAUUGCAGCAGGUAAUAUGAGGGAUCAGAACUCCCGUGAUUAUCUUCAAGCAGUAUAUAGUGAUAUUUUAUAUAAUCUUAACCAGCUACCGAGUGGAGAACACUGAGCUUUAUAAUUUCAUGAGCUGACAUGAAAGAACUUCAAAACUGAGCUUGACAUACUUAUGAGCUUACAGUGGAGAAAUUUAAAAUUGAAUCUACCAGUGGAAAACAUUAAACUUUGACCUACUUUAUGAGCUUACAGUGAAAAACGUUAUACUUUGACCUACUUUAUGAGCUUACAACUUGGAUCUUUUUUAUAAGCUUACAGAGGAAAAUAUUAAAAUUUGACCUACUUUUUAAGCUUACAGAGGAAAAUAUUAAAAUUUGACCUACUUUUUAAGCUUACAGAGGAAAAUAUUAAAAUUUGACCUACUUUAUGAGCUUACAGUGGAAAAUGUUUUACUUGGAUCUACUUUAUUAGCUUACAACUUGGAUCUUUUUUAUAAGCUUACAGAGGAAAAUAUUAAAAUUUGACCUACUUUAUUAGCUUACAGUGGAAAAUUAUAUUUUGAUCUACUUUUUCAGCUAACAUUGGAAAAUUUUAAACUUUGACCUACUUUAUAAGCUUAUACAGUAGAAAACGUAAAAACUUUGAUCUACUUCACAGCUUACAGUGGAAAAUGUUUAACUUUGACUUCUAUAUCAGCUUACAGUGGAAAAUGUUAUACUUUGACCUAUUUUAUUAGCCUACAGUCGAAAACGUUAAGCUUUGACCUCCUUAUACAGCUUGCAGUGGUAAAUGUUAAACUUUGACCUACUUAAUCAGCUUACAGUGGAAAAUGUUAAACUUUGACCUACUUAAUCAGCUUACAGUGGAAAAUGUUAAACUUUGACCUACUUAAUCAGCUUACAGUGGAAAAUGUUAAACUUUGACCUACUUAAUCAGCUUACAGUGGAAAAUGUUAAACUUUGACCUACUUAAUCAGCUUACAGAGGAAAAUGUUAAACUUUGACCUACUUAAUCAGCUUGCAGUGGAAAAUGUUAAACUUUGACCUACUUAAUCAGCUUACAGAGGAAAAUAUUAAACUUUGACCUACUUAAUCAGCUUGCAGUGGAAAAUGUUAAACUUUGACCUACUUAAUCAGCUUACAGUGGAAAAUGUUAAACUUUGACCUACUUAAUCAGCUUACAGUGGAAAAUGUUAAACUUUGACCUACUUAAUCAGCUUACAGUGGAAAAUGUUAAACUUUGACCUACUUAAUCAGCUUACAGAGGAAAAUAUUAAACUUUGACCUACUUAAUCAGCUUACAGUGGAAAAUGUAUUGAUCUUCUUUAUAAGCUUACUUUUUAGAACAUGUACCUCUAAGUCACUUGAAAAGCUUAUCAUGUUAAAUGGUAUUGAAGCUUAUGGCAUAUGGUUUAAUUUUCAAGAUAAUAAAAUGCACAGUAACUGAAAUGAGAUUUGAUAAGUGCUGAUUAUUAUAUGAGAUAAAUUAAUAUUGUUAAUAAAAAUACAUUUUUAUAUAAUUAUGAAUAAUUUUGACAUU